AUGGAGAAGCUACCUCCGCCAAGCAUAAACUUGUGUUUUGGACCAGAACAUCUUCAACAGCCGUAUAUGAAAUUUUCUGAAUGGAAAUUCAAGCUGUUCAAAGUGAGAUCGCUUGAAAAGCCUCUUCCUGAAGACAGCCACCAGGCUAACUGUGCUAAAGAAAAUGUGACAGGGUCUCUGAACGUCACUGACGAACAACCUGAGGCAGCAGCUGUAAUGUCACAAGUGCCCUUUGAAACAGACACCGAGUUGAAUAAAAAUAGCUUGGCAAGAGAGAAAGAUGUCUUUCACAUCAGCCAAAGGGAGAUGGAAGCUCACCAAGCAAACUUGCAGCACCUCUGUCGCAUUUGUGGAGGCUCACUGAAAACUGACCCUUAUAAAAAGUGUCAUCCAGUUCACGGGCCAGUGGAUGAGGAGACCCAGGCUCUUUUGAGAAAGAAAGAGAAAAGAGCCACUUCCUGGCCAGAUCUUCUUGUCAAAGUUUUUAAGAUCGAUGUAAGGGGAGAUAUUGACACAAUCCACCCUACUCAUUUUUGUUACAAUUGUUGGAAAGUCAUUCAAAGAAAAGUCAGCAAUGCCCCCAUGAAGCACAUCUUUGAGAAAGACCCAGUGGAAUGGCAUCCCCAUUCAACAAGCUGUGACAUUUGUGUCACUUCCUUUCGUGGAGUCAAGAGGAAGAAAACAAUGCUGAAUUCACAGCUGAGCAAAAAACUCAGGAUUAUUGCUGGGCAUACGAGAAAAAUAAGAUGCAUAAGAAUAAAGCCACUGAAUAACAAAAGUUUGAUGAAAAAGAUUUCAAACUGUAAGCAAAUCCAUCUCAGUACAAAAAUCCUUGCAAUAGACUACCCUGUGGACUUUGUAAAGUCAAUAUCUUGCCAGAUCUGCGAACACAUCCUGGCUGAUCCAGUAGAAACGACGUGUAAACACUUAUUCUGCAGAGUCUGUAUUCUUAAAUGUCUUAAAGUAAUGGGAAGCUAUUGCCCAUCCUGCCGAUAUCCUUGUUUUCCUACUGAUUUAGUGAGCCCUGUAAAAUCCUUCCUAAGCAUCCUCAACAAUUUGGUUUUGAGAUGCCCAGUAAAAGGCUGUCAUGAGGAGGUCUUUUUGGAAAAAUACUGCCAACAUCGUUCUAAUCAUAAAGGGGCAGAAAGUACAGACAGCUAUGUCUAUAUCAACAAAGGUGGCCAACCGAGACAGCAUUUGCUCUCACUGACCCGGAGAGCUCAAAAGCACCGCUUGAGAGAACUCAAGCUUCAAGUGAAAGAUUUUGCAGAAAAAGAAGAAGGAGGAGAUGUGAAGUCUGUGUGCCUAACUUUGUUCCUUCUGGCUUUGAGAUCUAGAAAUGAGCACAGACAAGCAGAUGAAUUGGAAGCUAUAAUGCAAGGGAAGGGAUCGGACCUUCAUCCAGCUGUUUGUUUGGCAAUCCGAGUUAACACCUUUCUUAGCUGCAGCCAAUAUCAUAAAAUGUACAGGACAGUAAAGGCAAUUACAGGAAGGCAAAUUUUCCAGCCUUUGCAUGCUCUCCGAACAGCUGAGAAGUCCCUUCUGCCUGGUUAUCACCCCUUUGAAUGGGAGCCUCCUUUGAAAAAUGUAUCUAGUAACACAGAUGUAGGCAUUAUUGAUGGGCUCUCAGGAAUACAACAGUCUGUGGAUGACUACCCAGUAGAUACAAUUGCAAAACGAUUUCGAUAUGAUGCAGCUUUGGUGGCUGCCCUUAUGGACCUAGAAGAAGAAAUUUUAGAAGGACUGAAAACUCAUGACUUGGAUGACUAUUUGAAAGGACCCUACACUGUAGUGAUUAAAGAAUCCUGCGAUGGAAUGGGAGAUGUCAGUGAAAAGCAUGGCUGUGGCCCAGCGGUUCCCGAAAAGGCUGUUCGAUUCUCCUUCACCCUCAUGAGUGUCACUGUAACUCAUGAACAUGGCAGUGCAAGGAUUUUUGAAGAAAACAAACCCAAUUCAGAGUUGUGUUGUAAGCCUUUGUGCCUAAUGCUGGCCGAUGAGUCAGAUCACGAGACUCUCACUGCCAUCCUGAGUCCUCUUAUAACAGAACGAGAAGCCAUGAAACAUAGUGCAUUGAUACUUUAUAUGGCUGGUAUUCCUAGAAUUUUCAAAUUCAUAUUUAGGGGCACUGGAUAUGAUGAAAAACUUGUCCGUGAAGUUGAGGGUCUUGAAGCAUCAGGCUCUACUUACAUUUGUACACUUUGUGAUGCCACCCGGCAAGAAGCCUCUCAGAACCUUAUCCUGCAUUCUGUAACCAGGAAUCAUGCUGAAAACCUAGAACGAUAUGAAGUGUGGAGGUCCACCUACCAUGAAGCUGUUGAUGAACUACGUCACAGAGUGAAAGGCGUUUCUUCAAAGCUUAUUGAGACUGUGCCUUCAAUAGACGCACUUCACUGUGAUAUUGGCAAUGCCGCUGAAUUUUACAAAAUAUUCCUUGAGAUUGGUGAGGUGUAAAAUACCAGUGCAACCAAAGAAGAGAGAAAGAGGUGGCAGUCAACUCUUGACAAGCACCUUAGAAAAAAGAUGAAUUUGAAACCUGUAACAAGGAUGAAUGGAAAUUUUGCAAGAAAACUCAUGAGUAGAGAGACUGUGGAUGCAGUCUGUGAAUUAAUAAAAUGUGAGGAGAGGCAUGAAGCCCUCAGAGAAUUAAUGGACCUUUACCUUAAGAUGAAACCAGUAUGGAGGUCUUCAUGUCCAACCAAAGAAUGCCCAGAACUUGUAUGUCAAUAUAGUUUCAACUCUCAGAGAUUCGCUGAGUUGCUGUCAACUAAAUUCAGUUAUAGAUAUGAUGGGAAGAUUACCAAUUAUUUUCAUAAAACACUUGCUCAUGUUCCAGAAAUUAUAGAACGGGAUGGUUCCAUUGGUGCAUGGGCAAGUGAAGGAAAUGAGUCAGGCAACAAACUGUUCAGACGCUUUCGAAAGAUGAAUGCCAGGCAGUCAAAAUGUUAUGAGAUGGAAGAUGUUUUGAAGCAUCAUUGGUUAUAUACUUCAAAGUAUUUACAAAAAUUCAUGAAUGCUCAUAAUACAUUGAAAAGCCAGAUGGUCCAAAUUAGGCCAGACCAGACUGAGAGUGAUAUCAUGAUGAUGGAGGAUUCUUUGGAGACUCCUGAUUUCAUGGACUUCUAA